CCAGGUCCCGUGUACGGUUCCGUUCACCCCCACCCGGCUCACUACCCGAAUCUUUAUAAAUCCCGUUCCCACGCGGAGGAAAACCAACGGCACACGGCGCCGCCGACCCAUCAUCCGUCCGUCCACAACCACAACCAGCCAGCAACAAACACCGCGCACGCAACGCAACGCAGCGAUCGUGUCGAGCAGAGGAGGUGAGUUCAUGGAGUUCCACCACCGCUACCACAGCGGCGGCAGCAUCCACGCGGCGGGUCCGCCGGCGGCGGUAGCGGCGGCGGCGGCGGCGGCGCGGCCGUGGAGCAAGGCGGAGGACAAGGUGUUCGAGAGCGCGCUGGUGAUGUGGCCCGACCACGCGCCCGACCGCUGGGCGCUCGUCGCGGCGCAGCUCCCCGGCCGCACGCCGCGGGAGGCCUGGGAGCACUACGAGGCGCUCGUCGCCGACGUCGACCUCAUCGAGCGCGGCGCCGUCGACGUGCCCAGCUGCUGGGACGACGACGACGACGACGCCGACCAAGUCAGCGGCGGCCGCUCCGGCGGACAGGAGCGGGGCGGGCCCGGCCGCCGCGCCGGCGCUGCUGACCGGUCGCGCCGCGAGGGCCGGCGCCCCGGGAUACCCUGGAGCGAGGAAGAGCACAGGCUGUUUCUUCAAGGGCUGGAGAAGUACGGCCGCGGGGACUGGCGUAACAUCUCGCGUUUCUCGGUGCGGACGCGGACGCCGACGCAGGUGGCCAGCCACGCGCAGAAGUACUUCAACCGGCAGCUCAACCCGGCCAGCCGGGACUCCAAGCGCAAGAGCAUCCACGACAUCACCACCCCUUGACCUGGCCGCCGACGACGGCGACGGCGACGGCCCUGCUUUGAUCAAAUCGCGACAGCCACCCAUCUCAGGAUCAGAAUAGAAGAAAGAAACGAGUAGCCAAGUAGGAGCACUAGUCCAUGUCCAUGACAUGUACAUUACGCUGCUAGUUGUUUAUACUAAUCUUAUUAGAUUAGAGCUAAAUCCUUAGCUAGGUGCCAUGGGUCUAUCUAUGCUUUGCUGUGGACGACCUGAGAAACAGAGGCAGGGUGUUCCAGUCAGCUGCUAGCACAUGGAUUAGGCUUACUCGAAGUCAGUAAAAUAGUAUUAUGAGUUGAUGAAACAUCUAAUGGAGUCUGACGUGGCAACGUCGUGUCGAGUUUAGGCGGAUGCAGAUCAAUGCACGAGUCACUGUCAGUAUAUGGUUUCAUCGA